AGCUUGGUGACGAAGACAAUGCCACCACCUCUUCCAACAACACCUGCCACCGCCACUCCCAACACCACUUGCCACCACUAUCUUCUACACAAGGACAUACAGAUCCAAACAACACAUCACAAAACUGAUUCAUCAAUUGAACAAUUGGAGAAGAGG